AUGGUUCAAAAAAAAGUACUACAUUACAACAUUAAAUAUGAAAAAUCACUUAGUGAAGUAGGUAAAAAUGAAUUGAUAAUUUCAUCAAAUGAGUUUAAAAAUGUUGAAAAAGAAUAUUCAAAGUUUAUCAAUGAAAUUAAAAGAGUUACAAAGUUAGUUAAAGCAGAGAAACAAAUUCCAAGUGCAAGAUACUCAGAGAAUGUGAAGUCUUUAUUUAGUACUAGGAGAAAAUUACUAAAUUCUAUUACGUACAGUAAUAACAAUGAAGAUAAAAAAGAAAGUAAAGUCAAGAUGUUAACAGAAAUUCGUCUGAUUAAUAAAUUAAUAAGACAAACAAUUAAGAAUGAAUGGAACUCACUAGUACAUGAUAGAAUAAAGGAGGCUUUAGAAAAUAAUAAGACAAUUAAAAGUGUAUUUAGAGUUUUGAAAGAAAGAAAGGAAGCACUACCAGUGAAAGUUGAAAAUAUUAAUAAGUAUCUGAAUGACCUAUAUCUAAUUAAACCUGAAGAUAAAAAAAGACUGAAAGAAUUAAAAGUUAAGAGAUUUAUGAAUAAUUAUAUAACAAAUGCUUUUAUGAAUAAUAUUAUGGUUUUCAAGUAUGGUAUGAACAUAACAGGCAGUAAAGUACCUAAUUUGUGCUUUGCAGAUGAUACAUGUUUACUAGCCAAUAGUUGGAAAGAUUUGAGCUUAAUGGUGGACAAAUUUAUUAGAGCUUGUCAACCUAUGAGCAUGGAAUUAAAUAUAAAUAAAUGUAAAAUUCUAAUAAACAGGGAUCUUUCAUUUCAAUAUAUAAAGGAUAAAUAUAUUUUAUUGAACUUGGCAAAAAUGCAAGUUUCAAACGAAGAAGAAUAUUUAGGAAAAAUGAUGUCUAUUACGGAAAAAAGAUGCUUUUUGAAACAAGUUAGAUAUAGAGCUUGGAAAGCUUUCUACAGCAUUAGAAAAUUUAUCAAUAUUUCACUAAGGGCUAGGAAAUUAUUAUUUGUAACUAGAAUAAGAUCAAGCAUAUUAAAAUUAUUACCAGAAAAUAAAUGGUUGAUUAAAGAGGAAGAUAAUACCUUUAAGAAAUUGUCAAAUGAAAAUAUGUAUAAGAAGAUUGGUAUAUGUAAUUUAAAUCGUCAUUUAGCCAAACUUAAGAUUAAAUUCAUAUACAAAAAAAUUGACAAAAAUGGUAUUGUUCAAAGAUGUUUAUGUUGGUAUUCUCGUGGUACUAAGAAAUGUAUUGCUAGACCACGUGAUUCUUACUUCGAUUGCUUUAAAAGAUCUAGAUGUAAAGGAAAAAAUAAUAACAAUUUAACUUUUACUCAUUUAAUUUGA